GUUAUUGUCAAAACUAAGGGUCUUUGCCCGUGUUAGCCAAGCCAAUCCAAAAAAAAAGCCCGUGGAAAAAGGAAUAGGACAAAAGACUGUCAAAUCAAAUAACGGCUAAGAAUACAUAUAUCAUCAUCAUCAUAAUCAUUAUUGUCUCUUCUCUUCUCUUCUCCUUCCCCUCUGUAAUUUUUUAUUUUUUCAAACAUUGACUGAAAAACCUAUAUGGGAUUAUAGCAUUUUCUUCCAAUCUAUUAUAUUUGAAUCGUUCCACAAAGGAAAGGCAAAGAGGAAACGAAAGAGAUUUCUUUUUUGGAUGAUUGGGUGUCAGAAUAUGGCAUCACUUUUUAUGAGGAAAGCAUCAACUGCCGAGUUAGAGAUUUUUUAUCCAAUUAGAACAGAAUGCCAAGAAGAUGUACCCAAGACCCGUUUUAAGCUCAGGGCAGGGAAAACUCUGAGCGCAAGAAGAUGGCAUGCUGCUUUCUCUGAAGAUGGUCAUCUGGAUAUAGCCAAAGUGCUUAGACGGAUCCAAAGAGGGGGUGUUCAUCCUUCGAUUAAAGGAGCAGUAUGGGAAUUCUUGCUAGGUUGCUAUGAUCCAAACAGCACCUACGAAGAGCGAAAUAUCCUCAGGCAGCGCCGGAGGGAGCAGUAUGGCUCAUGGAAAGCUGAAUGUCAAAAGAUGGUUCCAGUUAUCGGUAGUGGAAAGUAUAUCACCGCAGCCAUCAUUACUGAUGAUGGCCGACCAAUGGAAGAUUCAACAAUUGAUAACAUGGUGGAUAGUGAGGUUAUGUCUACGUCUUCUAUUAUUUCAGACAAAAAAGUGAUUCAGUGGAAGCUUUUAUUGCAUCAAAUAGGAUUGGAUGUGGCUCGCACAGAUCGAGCACUUGUCUUUUAUGAGAAUGAAGAUAAUCAAGCCAAACUCUGGGAUAUUCUAUCUGUUUAUGCUUGGCUGGACAAUGAUAUUGGUUAUGUUCAAGGAAUGAAUGAUAUAUGCUCGCCAAUGGUAAUUCUUCUUGAUGAUGAAGCAGAUGCAUUUUGGUGUUUUGAACGAGCAAUGCGAAGGCUGAGGGAAAAUUUUAGGUGCAGCUCAAGUUCCAUUGGUGUGCAAGCUCAGUUGUGUACACUGUCCCAAAUAAUCAAAGCUGUAGAUCCUAAGCUUCAUCAACACCUUGAGGAUCUGGAUGGUGGGGAGUACUUAUUCGCAUUUCGCAUGCUGAUGGUUCUUUUCAGGAGAGAGUUUUCCUUUGUGGAUGCAUUGUAUCUUUGGGAGCUAAUGUGGGCCAUGGAAUACAACCCAAACAUCUUCUCGUUACAUGAGAGUGCGAUUGCUGGGUCGGAUUUCAGGACUGCAGCAACCGAAGUAGACGAUAAAGUGCUAAAGCAAUGUGGCAAAUUUGAGAGGAAAAACGUUCAGACUAAAAGUUCAGACCCACAUAGUGUCCUUGCUGUUUUUUUGGUUGCAAGUGUUCUUGAGACUAAAAACAAGAAGCUUUUAAAGGAGGCAAAGGGUUUGGAUGAUGUUGUUCAGAUCUUAGGUGACAUUACUGGAAAUCUUGACGCGAAAAAAGCAUGCAACGAGGCACUGAAGAUUCAUAAGAAGUAUCUGAGAAAGACUCAGAAGACAUAGUUAUCUAAAGAUAUCAAUCUAUUUUCCAAACUUUUGCACCCAAAUGGUUGGUGAAUUCAUCUGUGGUUGCUUCAAUACUGAAAGUAACUAUUUCUCUCUUUGCUGGAUUUUGUAUUAAAAAAAAAACAGAAAAAAAGAAAGAAAAACAAUCCAUCUUGAUCUGUUAUCUGUCAAAUAAAUUAUUGAUUUGGUCCUUUGAUUUGUAUAGAUAAUCUUAAUUAAGAUUAAUUUGCAGCAUUAUUUUGAUUGA